CUCAGGUCCAGCGCGGCUUUGGCGGGAUAUGCCUCUGAACAAGAAUGCACAAUUGCGCGAACUUGUCACUGGGGACACAGAGGGCUUUCUCCGCGCUCGUAUGGUUGACCUUUCCUCCAAUGGAGUCCUAUUCCACUCUCUUUCUCCUUGGGUCUUUCGCAGGAAAAUUGUCUUGGCACUCACACAAGAGAAUAGACACAGUACUUCAAUACCUUUUCUUUCACAUCUAGUCUCUUUUCUCUUCAUUCUUUCAUUCUUUCCUUUUCUGUCAUCCGCUCUUUGCCAAGUCAGAAAGGACCACCGACCGAAACAAAAGAGAAACGUCCUUUACUAUCCUUGUUCGACUCUGUUUGUGCAUCGAAACACACCAUGGACGCAACACUCAUCAGGACCAUUAACAAGCUGCAGGAUGCCUUCUCAACUGUCGGUGUCCACAACCCAGUUGACUUGCCACAGAUCGUCGUCAUCGGCUCUCAAUCCUCUGGAAAGAGCUCCGUUCUCGAAAACAUUGUUGGACGCGACUUCUUGCCCCGCGGCUCUGGCAUUGUGACACGCCGCCCAUUGGUCCUACAACUGAUCAACCGGCCCUCGGGCAAUGCCAGCGCAGAGGAAGGAGACAAGGAGAAUGAUGUCAAGAGAGACGCUGAUGAGGACAAGAAGGAAGCUGAGGAAUGGGGUGAGUUUUUGCACCAGCCCGGAGUCAAGUAUACGGACUUCAACCUGAUCCGUGAAGAAAUUGUCCGCGACACCGAAGCCAAGACUGGAAAGAACGCCGGGAUCUCCCCUCUACCUAUCAAUCUCCGCAUCUACUCCCCUCAUGUCUUGACCCUCACCCUUGUCGAUUUGCCCGGAUUGACCAGGUUGCCUGUUGGAGACCAACCAAAGGAUAUUGAGAAGCAGAUUAGGGAUAUGAUCAUCAAGUAUAUCACUAAGCCCAAUUCCAUUAUCCUCGCGGUGACUGCCGCCAAUGUCGACCUCGCCAACUCUGACGGACUUCGCCUGGCCCGUGAUGUUGAUCCUGAGGGAGCCAGAACCAUCGGAGUCUUGACUAAAGUUGAUUUGAUGGACUCAGGCACGGAUGUCGUGGAUAUUUUGGCUGGUCGUAUUAUCCCUCUUCGUCUUGGCUAUGUCCCUGUUGUUAACCGUGGUCAGCGCGAUAUCGACACCAAGAAGCCUAUCAGCAGAUCUUUGGAUGCUGAGCGUGCCUUCUUUGAGAAUCACGCAGCGUACAAGAGCAAGGCUCAGUACUGCGGUACCCCAUACCUUGCGAGGAAAUUGAAUAUGAUUUUGAUGCACCAUAUCCGCAACACAUUGCCAGAGAUCAAAGCAAAGAUUCAGGCUGCCCUUGCCAAGUACCUUGCUGAGCUCGCCACUCUUGGAGACGGAAUGAUGGAGGGAGCCGGACAGGCCAAUAUUGUUCUCAACAUCAUCACGGAAUUUUGCACAGAGUUCCGCACCAUCAUCGAUGGUAACUCAACCGAUCUCUCCUCUUUCGAGCUCUCUGGAGGCGCCCGCAUCAGCUUUGUAUUCCAUGAACUAUACGCCAACGGAGUCAAAUCUCUGGAUCCUUUCGACCAGGUUAAGGACCUCGACAUCCGUAUUAUCCUCUACAAUUCUUCUGGUUCAUCGCCAGCUCUGUUUGUCGGCACCACAGCAUUCGAAGUCAUUAUCAAGCAGCAGAUCAAGCGCUUGGAGGACCCUAGUUUGCGUUGCGUCAACUUGGUGUUUGAUGAAUUGGUUCGCAUUUUGACCCAGCUCCUGGCGAAGCAGCUCUUCAAGCGAUUUCCUCAGCUCAAGGAUCGCUUCUACCAGGUUGUCAUUAACUUUUUCCGCAAGCAAUUGAACCCCACCAACAAGUUGGUUCAAGAUCUGAUUGGCAUGGAAUCAGUUUAUAUCAACACCGGUCACCCCGAUUUCUUGAACGGACACAAAGCCAUGGCUGUCAUCAAUGAGCGCAUGAAUCAGGCCAAGAACCCUCAGCCCGUUGAUCCUAAGGGCCGUAAUUCAGCAAUUGCAAACUUACCCCCAAGUCUCGAAGCGGAGCCCACAAACAAUGGCUUUUUUGGAAGCUUUUUCUCUGGCAAGAAGAAGCGCCCCGGUGUCAUGGAGCCCCCACCAUCUGUCCUUAAGGCCUCCGGAAACCUCUCGGAGCGCGAACAGAUCGAGACUGAAGUUAUUAAGCUGCUGAUCUCUUCGUAUUUCAAUAUUGUCAAGCGCACGGUCAUUGACACGGUUCCCAAGGCGAUCAUGCUCAAACUCGUUAAUAAUGCUAAGGAAGAGCUCCAGCGCGAAUUGCUCCAGGAGCUGUACAAGGCUGAUGUUCUGGACGAGCUACUGAAGGAGAGUGAAUUUACACAGAACCGUCGCAAGGAGUGCAAGAAGAUGAUUGAGGCCUUGCAGAGAGCGGAUGAGAUUGUUGGAUCAGUUGCUGGAUAGUUUUGAUAAAUUUUGCGGAUGAGAUUUUCAACUCACUCCGAUGAACGUGUGUGAUCGGGCGCAGCUCUAGAGAUAUAGGAAGAAAAAACCGAUCCCACCGAUAGUAAUAAAAACAGAAAAGAAAAAGGGGAAAGUGCCUGUGCUGAGAUCAUUGGAUGCAACAUUAACUGGUAUUUGGAAGAAGGAAAGAGAGAAGGCGUCCCGGGGGGC